UUAAAUUUGCAUUUACUAGUUCUCUGAGCAAGAUGUGAUGGUUCCAUGGCAUCUUCAGCCCCAUUACUCACCUGGUCAUGAUCCUACACAUUCUGCAAAAAAGAAAAAAGAGAAAAGGAGAAGGGGAAAGUCUAAACAAUCCAAGACUAAAACAGAGAGAGGAAAAGAUAUGGAAGAUAUUGAUGAUGAAAAAACUGAUUCUUCAUCACACAACAAAGUAGUUGCCUCCAGUGACUUGUUAAGGACUCCUAGCCCCAUCUCUUUAUUAAUGCCUACUACUUCUAAUACUGUUGAACCAGUUCCUUCGUCAAAAGAUAAUGAUUUUUCUGUAUCUUCUCCACAUGCUUCCAGUGAUGAUAAACAUGCUUUUGAUCUACAGCAACACGGCUUUAGGACAUUCUAUCGUUACUAUCAUGUGUUUGUGGACAAGGAGCUGAUAGAGUUGUGUAAGAGAGUUCCCUCAUUAAAGAUACUGGACUACUGGUAUGAUCAUGAUAACUGGUGUCUACUAGCACAAAAACUAGACUAAAAUAGAUUUAUAAUUAAAAUCACAAAAAUAUAAUGCUAAUAAAAAAUUAGUGAAGCAGCUUAUCUACAAUAAAUUUUGACAGCUUUGGUUUGUAAAAAGUAAUUUUUAUUAAAUGAA